AUGGCCAACGACGACGAUUGGGAGAAGCUGCUCGACGAACACCCUGUGCUCGCGCUACCCAAGAGCGUGUGUGGCCUCGCAGGCAAAGGCGAAGCUUCUCUCCAUCUUUCCCUCAGCUCGCUGCCGGACUUCGUGGACCUUGACCCUUUGGAUGACAAGCCCACGCCCUCCGGACGACGGCAAGCAAUCGCAAUUCGAGAUGCUGACCUCAUUGUUGCCGCGGGAUCCGAGCUUCGCAUUGCUCAGCUUGGUGACUCCAAGACGGCGCGAAGCUCGUCGAACAGGGCAUACAAGGUUUUGCACACGCCGAACAUCCAGUUUGACAUCCAUCAAAUUGUCCUGAAUCCCACUGGAAAGCUGCUUGCUGUAGCAAGCGCGUUUCAAGUAGCAGUCGUUGUACUCCCUAGGUCUGGUUUCAGCAAACUGGUCACCUCUACAGUCGACUGCAAGUCGUUCCAAGUAGGACAAUACAAUCAUGCAGUAGAGGGUUCUACACCAAUUGCCAAAAUAGAUUGGCACCCCUGGGGUCAGGGUGGCUCAACAUUGCUGGUUAUGACAACGGAUGGGAAACUUAGGGAAUACGACGUCUCAGUCGACGCCGAAGAGCCUCAGCAGGUGCUUUCCUUCAUGCCGGAAAAGACCUUCCGCUCGUACAGCGCCGACGACUCUGCUGUUAGAGAAAUCACUUCUUUUACCCUGGGGAAGGGACGAGCAGAUUGGGGACCUCUCACAGUGUAUGCAUUAACUCGAAGCAGUGACAUAUAUGCAAUAUGCCCGUACUUGCCCAAGAAUGCCACUAUUCCAUCCACCUAUGUUCAUGCGCUGGAGUGCUAUGUCGCGGCCAAGCAAGAGUAUCUCUCUCGUCGCACUUCCCAUUCGUCUGAAGAGGCUAAGGCCGCCGAAUCUCUCUCGGUUUUGUACGACCACCAGCACAAAUUCGUCAAUGCUCUGCUGAAGCAGCUUCCACCGGGCACGACCUGGCCCGCCACUACUCGUAUGGUGCCCUUACACCCCCCAAACAUUAUCAAGGCUCCCCGUACUCGCCAAGGGCCCUUCUUGCUUCAACCGCAGCCCCUGCUGGUUCGAAAGCGAGACGUCGACGAUGGAACAGACAUCGUCUACGUAUCAUUCGCAGAUGAAGUAGCUGGAGAUAGCGACGGAGACGGAGAACGGUUAGGUGGGAUUCUUGUCGCUCAUCAAAGUGGGACUGUCGACGUAUUCUUUGACGUGGAGAAGGUUGAAGCGCGAUGGAAUUACAAGGAGGGCCGUUCCGACGGGCUGCCUAUGCUUGUCACUUACGAGACGAUUGAUCUCGGCAUUAUCGCUGGUCUUCAGAAAGCCAGUGAUCUACCGCAAGUUCCAAACGAAUCUGAGGAGUCGAAACUUUUGGAUCUCCUUCAAGGCAACUCUCCAGUUUUCCUCUGUGACCCAAUUCACAGCGACACCGUUUACGUGUAUCAUGCCUUCGGGGUGCAUGUUCUCAACCUGGGACCGUUAUUGAGAGGGAUUAUUUCCCUGAUUCACGAUAGCGAAGAAGACAGCAGUCAAGUGAUUGGGGACAAAUUAGCGACUGUGCAAAGCACUGAAGUUCAGCCUAUCUUGCUGACAUUUUCUGUGGAGCAGCAAUGCUCCAGCCCUAUCAUAGGCGUCGCAGUCCCCAACGAUAUUUACUUGACCUACAGCAUAUUUCUCCUCACAUCUUCCAUGCGGAUGUCAGUUUUCCCCUUGACCCUUCGCUCCGAUACCUCGUACUCUAUUGAGUCGAAGCCAGCUGCACCUGAGAAGCUACAACGACAGCUGGCUCUUCCACCUUCCACCUCCACCACAUCCGAUUCCUCUAUAGCACUAUCGAAGGUCCCACCUAUUUCCUCCAUCCUACAACUCUCUCCCGACGACCCCCCGGCUUACGUCUCUCUUCUCGGCAAAACCCCAUGGGCCGUGCCCGCCCCCAUCGCCGCGCAGGCCAACGGCCUGCCUAAAACCCCCCGCGUAUCCCUCCCACAAAACCUUUCCGCGAGUAGACGCGACGCGAUGCUCACCCCCGACGGCCUGCGCUUUUUUGGCUCCGCCGUCGAGCGGCUCUCCGCGCAGAUCGACGACGUCAAGAUCGCACAGCGCGGCGCCGAGAUGCGCGCCGAAUUACAGAAGAAGGAGUUCGCCCGUCAGCGCGAGACGUGCGCGAAGAUGCUCGAGAGCAUGCGCAAGCUGCGCGUGGAGCGCCAGGAGGCGGUGAGCGCGCGGCUGGAGCGGCUCAAGACCGAGCAGGCGAGCUUGCUGGCAAGGCUGGAGAGGGUGUUGGGGUCGCUGACGAAGAAGGCGACGCCGGAACUCAGCGAGAGCGAGGCGAAGUGGUUCGAGGAGCUGAGGAGGAUGAAAGAGGAGGUCGCGGGCGCGGGCAAGUACGAUGACAGGUCGCUGACUGCGCGAGCUAAGAUGCUCAAGCGCGAAGUGGACAGGCUAUUGCCGCACUUGCAGGAGAUGAAAGAUAAGGAGACUGCUCGGCGAAAAAGUGUCGUGGAGAGCAGGGAGUCCAUCGGGCUCUCGCAGGCUUUCGAACUCGGGAAGCGAUCCAUGGACGAGAGAAGCCGUAUCGACUACAUCGAGUCGCAGGUCAUGCGUAUGGCUCAUAAGCUCGACGUCAGCCUGGGACGUCCCCCCUCACAAGCGCGCCAAGACGUGAAAGUGGAGGAGGAUUCAUGA